UUCAUGAAGGACUAUGGAUCUAAUGUUAAUGAAAGAUCAAGUAUCUACUGUUAAUGAAAGAUCAAGUAUCUACUGUUCAUCAAGGAUCAGGGAUUUACUGUCUAUCAAUGGUCUACUCUCCAUCAAUGAUCUACUGUCCAUCAAUGGUCUACUGUCCAUCAAUGAUCUACUGUCCAUCAAUGGUCUACUGUCCAUCAAUGGUCUACUGUCCAUCAAUGAUCUACUGUCCAUCAAUGAUCUACUGUCCAUCAAUGGUCUACUGUCCAUCAAUGGUCUAGAUCUACUGUCCAUCAAUGGUCUACUCUCUAUCAAUGGUCUACUGUCUAUCAAUGGUCUACUGUCUAUCAAUGAUCUACUGUCCAUCAAUGGUCUACUGUCCAUCAAUGAUCUACUGUCCAUCAAUGGUCUACUGUCCAUCAAUGCUCUAGAUCUACUGUCCAUCAAUGGUCUACUGUCCAUCAAUGGUCUACUGUCCAUCAAUGGUCUACUGUCCAUCAAUGAUCUACUGUCCAUCAAUGGUCUACUGUUAAUCAAUGAUCUACUGUCCAUCAAUGGUCUACUGUUAAUCAAUGAUCUACUGUCCAUCAAUGGUCUACUGUUAAUUAAUGAUCUACUGUCCAUCAAUGAUCUACUGUUUAUCAAUGAUCUACUGUCCAUCAAUGGUCUACUGUUAAUUAAUAAUCUACUGUCCAUCAAUGAUCUACUGUUAAUCAAUAAUCUACUGUCCAUCAAUGAUCUACUGUUUAUCAAGGACCAGGGUUCUACUGCUGAUGUACGAUUAGAGAUCUGCUGUCUGUGAAUGACUGGUGGCAU